ACCAAUUGUAUUGUAUAUAAAUAUUUUUACUCUAGUCCAAAUUUCUCUCAAGGUUAAAAAUAAAAUGUAUGAUGUUUAUGCUGUAAUUGGUGUUAAUGGUUAGAUUGAUAAAUAUUAAGCAGGGAUCAAUAUUGUAGCUUCAAGACUGAUUUUUUGUCACAACUUAUUAGUAAUAAUGGAAAUCGAUGACCAUCAAAAUAUUCCAUGUACUAUUUUAAAGGAAUAUCAUGACAGUAUUGUUCAAGACAUUCAAGGAGAUAUGAUCAUUGCUUUAUUUGAAAGACAGGUGUUAACAGAAAAUGAAUUUUACAAUAUUAAAUCUGAGAGAAACCGUGAGAAAGAAGCAAGUCGUUUGCUUGAACUAUUACCAUCAAAAGGUAGGAAUGGUAUCAAUCAGUUCCUAAACCAUUUGUCAACACAUUAUUCAUGGAUAGCUAAUCUCUUACAACAUUCCAUAACAAUUAAAUAUAAUGUUAUGUUUUCAAAAAAAAUACAGGAGACUUUAAUUGCUGGUGAAGUUCCUCAAUUAUCAUCAAGACAUGUAUCACGAGUUAACCAUGUUACAACAUUAAAAAGACUAUUAACAGAGUUAGAAGUAAAUAAUUUUGUUAUUGUAAAUGGUAUGACUGGUUGUGGAAAAUCUAGUCUAGUUGUUGAAGUGUUAAAUGAYCCCUUCAUUACAAUGCAAUACUUACAGGGAUUUGUGCAAUGGAUAAAUGUUGGACGAGAAAAUUCAUCACAUCCUGAACGUAUUCAAACAGAAAUAUUAAAUAGAUUAAAUAAUCAAGAACAGCUUAUUACACCUCCUCUAAUUAUAGAUUAUGAGGAUACAAGGACAAAUAUCCAAAAUUUAUGGAAACAAAAACGAUUAACAGAGGGCUUAUUAAUUUUGGAUGAUGUAUGCAGUAGUAAAAUAAUUAAGUCCCUGGAUAUUGGAUGUAAAAUAUUAAUAACAACAAAUGAUAUGAGUAUUAUGGAUCAUAUAGUUGAUACUCGAGUGAAAUAUUUAAAAGUAAAUGAAGGAUUUGAAGAAAAAGAGACUUUGGAUUUAUUUUCAAAAUGUUUAAGUGUCGACUCAAAGUCUCUACCUUUACACGCGUCAAAACUCCAUAGAAUAUGCAAAGGAUUUCCAUUAACUAUUACACUUAUUGCCACACAACUUGAAAUGCACAGAGAAGAUACCAUUAAUAAUACAGAUCGAUGGAAAUUUUAUUUGAAUGAGUUAUCAGAUAAAACUAGUGAACCUUUUAAAUAUACACCGCAUAGCCAAAAUCAAUUUAAGAGUCUUGAAAAAGCAAUAGAAAUGUGUAUAAAAAAUUUACCAAGUGAUUUACAAAAGAAAUAUCAAGAUUUUUCUUUAUUUGUAGAAGAUUUAAAUAUCAAACCAGAAGUUUUAUCCAUACUAUGGAAUAUUAAACCAAUCCAAGUUGAAGAUAUUAUGUCAGAAUUAAUGCGAAAGAGUUUAGUGGUUAGAGUUUGGAAUCAACCUUUAAAUAGUUAUGUUUAUUCAAUACAUGAUUUGCUCUUAAAUAAUUUAAAAAAAAUGAUUAAUCGGCAGGAAUAUAAAGCAUUGCAUAAAAAAUGUAUUGAUCGUUAUAGAGAUUAUUGCAAAGGGAAUUUUGCCAAUCUUCCCAAAAAUGAUAAUUACAUAUUUUUGUAUUUUGGAUAUCACCUUAAAAAUGCUGAUAUGCUAGAAGAAUUUCCCCAGUGGUUUUUAAAUUUAAAGUUUAUUGAAUCAAAAAUAUGUGUAACUGGUCCUGCUGAUUUAUUAGCAGAUUUGAAGAAGUACAAAAUAUAUAUUGUUGUACAGAGUAUUUAUGAUGAAUAUAUUAAAGAAAUUGAAAACUUUGUCAAACGCUUUGGACCUAAUUUAUAUCGAACUAAGUGUGAUAUUGUCCAGCUAGGCCUUCAAGAACCAGAAACUUCUUUUAUAUAUAAUGAAUCAUAUAAACUUGCCAAAGCUAGUACAAAAUUAUAUUUUUACUAUGAUAUUCGACCUUCUCAAAAUUUUCAUCCAGAACCUCAUAUAUCUAUUGUCAGAGAUAAAAUUGAAACAGUUAUUUUUGGAAAUCGACAUGAUGAGGUUUUAAUUGCUACUAAUAGUGGAAUUAUAAAAUUAUGGAAUAUUAUCUCUGAUAAAUGUUUGCAUACUUAUAAUGGUCACACUAAAACAGUUACUCAUUUGGUUAAGAAUAAAUUAAAAAAUCUUUUUUUGUCAACAUCUGAUGAUUCAACCAUACGUAUUUGGAAUAUGAACAGUUUCCCUGAAUCUGAAAGUUCUGAAACGCGGACACCAUCACCUGAAUCUAGACAAGAACAUUGGCAAAAUGUAUACCAUCAAGAUUUUAAAAGAUCAACUGAAAAUACCAAUACUGAUUGUGUUUUUGUGUUAGAACACGAUUCACCUGUCAUUUUUGCUCAAUUUUCUCCAUAUGAUGAUACACUAAUUGUUUCAUCCUCUACUGAUAAAACUUUAAAGAUAUGGAAAAUGAGAGAUGGAAAUUAUACAAUUCUAAAGUCAAUCACGCAUAAUAGUAUCAUCAGUAGAUGUUAUUUUAUAGAAAAUAUGACACGUGAAGCUAGAAUACUGUUUUCAACACUUGUAGAUGGUCCAAUUAUAACUAGUGGAAUAUAUAAAUGUGAAUGGCCUUUUGACCACUGUACUGGAUUAUUUUACUUCAAAGAAAAAUUAUUAUCAUUUUUCUAUCUACCUAGUUCAGAAGGACAAGAUAAAAUGCUGGUUAUGACACCAAAUUUAGUGCGAAGUUAUGAAUUUAACUGGGAAGAUGAAAAUAAAACUUCACCACCAUCAUUAGUUUACCCUACACCAAUAGGUUACCGGCAUUACAAAUUGUCUUCUAUUUCUGAGGAGAAUACAAUUAAUAAUUUUCGGUAUAUAGCGUUCAGUUUGAGUAAUAGUACAAUAAAAAUUUGUGAUUUAUCCAAUGGGUACAAUUUUCUAGAUUUGUAUAAUUCUAAUGAAGGCAUAUCACACUUGGACUGGUUUUGGUCUAGAACUGAUCAGAGUAACUGGUUACUUAGUGCUGCUAACAAAUCUAUUAGAUUAUGGCGUCUAAAAGAUAUUACUCAAUAUGCUUGUGCUCAUCGAACAAAUGCUACAAAUGAAUUCAACCACGAUUUUGAAAAUAUGUGCAAAAAUGAAAUCUUAUCUCUUCAAAACUAUAAAUUGUUUUCUGAAGAUCAAAAUUUAUAUUGUUAUAAACUCCAGCGAAAUUUUGAUGCUGUUUGGAUAGACAAUGAUUCAGUAUUAGUUGCAGCUGUUACUAAAUGUGGGACAUUAAAGAUACUUUUUGAAGGCUUGAAUCGAUGGUCUAUGAUUGAUGAAAGAGUGUUAGCUUUAACCAUAGUACAGUCACAUCAAUCUUUUGAUCAAAGAAUGAUAAUUGCUGCUUGUCAAGAUUUAUCCGUAUACUGUAUGAAAUUUCAAACAUCAGAAUAUUUAUUUAAAACUUCACAAUUGGUAGAACAAAUUUUUGCUCAUUUUGACUGUGAUGAAUUGACCAUAGCAUUUUUACUAAAACAAAAUAUAAAAAUAAAUGAAAAAAAAAUUGAUCAAGCUAUAGAGGUUUGGUCAAAUAAAACGAAAUACGAAGUGAUUGUUCAUGAUCUAAUUAAUUGUUUUGUGUUUCAUGAUAAAGUCAUCUUUCUGUACAAUGUUCAUGACAUUUAUAUAUUAAAUUUACGGGAUAAAUCUACAAUAAAAUUGGAAAUUAAUUGUAUUAAAAUAAAUGGAAGCUUGAUGCUUGAUUCAUCAAAAUUAGCUGUGGUCGACAAUGGCAACUAUUUGAAAAUAUAUCAAUUAACAUUAGAUUGGGGUUUAAAUCUGAUUUACCAGUAUCCAUUACCAUUAUUAGAACAUGAAGUCGCACCCAUCAGUAUAUCAAACAACAAGAGGUUUAUUGCUAUUGGUGGAGAAAAGCGUAUUGUUUGUAUCGAUAAAAAAUUAAAUACUCAUAAAUGUUUUACAUUUGAUCCAAGUGUGAAUAAUAUAAAAUCAAUGAUUUGGUCGUCAGAUGAUACACGGAUAGCAAUAAAAGAAGAUAAUCAAAUAAUUACUCUUGAUGUUGAGUCUGGUAUAAUACUAGCAAGUGUGAAAUUAACAGUUGAUAAGUUUUUUGCAAAUCCUAUAUUAAAUAAAUAUAUUGCAGUAAAUACCACUGGGCAGUUAGUAAAGUUGAAUUUACCUAGUGAUAGCUAAAACAAUGCAUUUAUCUAACUCUCAGUAUUAAAUUAUUAUUGCAUGCACUAAAAUCAUUUUUUAUAUAUUUGGACAAUUAAAUAUAUGAAAAUUAUCUGG